CGUGGCUGGUUGUCAGGGCGCCUCGCUUUACGGCCCGGCGGCGAUGGCGGAGGGAGAGCGGGCGGAGAACGGCAACGGGGGCGGAGGAGGAGGCAGCGCCGGGCGGCCGCCGCAGGAAGGGGAGCCGGGGGCGCUGGAGCGAGCCGAAACCCUCAAGACGCAGGCGAACGAUUACUUCAAAGUGAAGGACUAUGAGAACGCAGUCAAGUAUUACACCCAGGCCAUUGAGCUCAACCCCACCAAUGCCAUCUAUUAUGCCAACCGCAGCUUGGCCUACCUGCGGACGGAGUGCUAUGGCUAUGCCCUGGCCGACGCCACCAAGUCCAUCGACCUGGACAAGAAAUACAUCAAAGGCUACUACCGCCGAGCGACCAGCAACAUGGCCUUGGGCAAGUUCAAGGCAGCUUUGCGGGAUUACGAGACGGUGGUCAAGGUGAAACCGAACGAUAAGGAUGCCAAGAUGAAAUAUCAGGAAUGCAACAAGAUCGUGAAGCAGAAAGCCUUCGAGCGCGCCAUCGCCAGCGACGAGCACAAGCGGUCAGUGGUCGACUCCCUGGACAUUGAGAAUAUGACCAUUGAGGACGAGUACAGUGGGCCGAAACUGGAGAACGGGAAGGUGACCUUGGACUUCAUGAAGGAACUGAUGCAGUGGUACAAGGAGCAGAAGAAGCUGCACCGGAAGUGUGCAUAUCAGAUUCUGGUACAGGCGAAAGAGGUGCUAUCAAAACUCCCCACCCUCGUAGAAACCACGUUAAAAGAGACGGAGAAAAUUACCAUCUGUGGAGACACCCAUGGACAAUACUAUGACCUCCUGAACAUAUUCGAGCUGAAUGGGCUGCCCUCCGAAGAUAAUCCAUAUCUGUUCAAUGGGGAUUUUGUGGACCGCGGUUCCUUCUCGGUGGAGGUGAUACUAACCCUCUUCGGAUUCAAGCUGCUAUACCCCGAUCAUUUCCACUUACUCCGAGGGAACCAUGAAACGGACAACAUGAACCAGAUCUACGGGUUCGAGGGCGAGGUCAAAGCCAAGUACACGGCUCAGAUGUUUGAGCUCUUCAGCGAAGUCUUCGAGUGGUUGCCCCUGGUGCAUUGCAUCAAUGGGAAAGUGUUGAUAAUGCACGGUGGACUCUUCAGCGAAGACGGCGUCAUGUUAGACGAUAUCAGGAAGAUUGAGAGGAAUCGUCAACCUCCAGACUCAGGCCCCAUGUGUGACCUGUUGUGGUCAGAUCCCCAACCCCAGAACGGCCGGUCGGUCAGUAAGCGAGGAGUGAGCUGCCAGUUCGGUCCCGACGUCACAAAGAGUUUCCUGGAAAGCAACCACCUAGACUACAUCAUUCGAAGCCACGAGGUGAAGCCCGAAGGAUACGAGGUCGCUCACGAUGGGAAGUGCGUCACGGUUUUCUCGGCCCCCAACUACUGUGACCAGAUGGGUAACAAGGGGGCCUACAUCCACUUGCAAGGCUCGGACCUGCGGCCGGAGUUCCACCAGUUCACAGCAGUGCCUCAUCCAAACAUUAAGCCCAUGGUUUACGCCAACUCGCUGCUGCAGCUGGGGAUGCUAUAAGGCCGCCUUCCACCUCUGCUGACCGGCCCCUUCCCCUCCCCUCCCAGACCGCCUGGAGGUCCACUCACCGGGCAGCGACCGUGAUUUCGGAGGGGGUGUUUCCUUCUUUUUUUUUAAUCAUUUCUCCCAACAUCAGCCUUCACUACGGAGCAGGACUAUGCCGCGGCCAGGGGGACGGGACGGAAAAAAAUCUGUGUCAGAGUCGAGAGAGGAGAGUCCCUUUCCUCCAAGAGCAAGCAAGGAUCCCAGGUGGUUCUUUCCUGUGCACUCACUCACCUGGAGUGCUUCACCUGUGGGAGAAACAGCAGUCGGAGCGUGAAGAAACAAAAGGAUGUUUGUUUGUUUUUUUAAAAAAGAAAAGAUUAUAUAUUUUGGAAGACUGUAUUUAUUCCCUUGGUCCUCGGUGAUUGUUGAUGUUUUUUUUUCUUUCCAUAGUCCUCCUCACCUCCUUCCUUUCUUUGCCGCUGCACAGCUGAGAAAGGAGACCCGGAGGGGGAAAUGGUGGGUGGGUGGGGGGCUUAGGAGCCUGCGGGGCUUCCCUCUUAUCCCCGAAAACGUCUCCCUAUCGGGAGUUUUCCUCUGCCCUCCCUCCCUCCCCACCUUCCUUCCUCGGCUGAGCAGCCCCUGCGUCUGUUGGAGCCGAAAUCCAGCGAAUGUUUCCAGCUGGGGGUAGCCAAAAAAGAUCAGGGGGUGGGAGCUGUUCAGAAGAGGAACCUGUAGGUGAAGGAAAGGGUCAACUCACCCACUCACUCACCCCACACACACAUUCAAUUUUUUUCAAUCAUGGAUGGAUGCUUUCUCAACCUCGGGGGACCUUAAGACGGGUGGACUUCAACUCCCAGGAUCCCCCGAGGUUGAGAAAGCAUCGAUCUAUCUUGGCCAGAGGAGGAAGGAAGCAACCUGACCUCAACCAUCCAUGAUAUGGACCACCAGUUUUCCCCUCAUCCUUGAGUGGGAGGGGGCUGAUGCAUCUUUGCACCCCCCGAAGGUGAGUCCUGGGCUUGGUUGAAGGAAAAUCCAUGGCAGAAGCCGAGACAAGGGGGUACAGGGGAAAGCCCCCCCCAUCUCAUUUUCCCUCUCAUUCCCCCCUCUUUGGAAAAAUCAAUCUGCCCCAUUGAAUUCUUCUCCAGCCACUCAGAUCUUCACGAAAUGUAGGCCCGGGACCCCCUCCCCUCCCCUCUCCUCAAAGAGAGGCCCCUCCUUGUUUGUUAUCCUGGUGGUCAAUUCAGGGUCACCCCACUUUAGCUCCCUCGGGGUCCCCAAGUCCUAGGGGGCUCUCUUGUAGUCCCACCUCACUCGACGGGUUGGAGUAAUCCUAUCGGUGUCUCGGGGGGCGGCCGAGUUUCUUGAAUGCCCAGAUUUUGCAGCUUGGAAAUCACACCGACUUUUCUUCCUUUGGAGAACGGGGAAGAAAACACACACACACAACACACAACAGGGACCCAAAUCCCUUUCUCUUCCCCCCCUCCAGCCCCCCCACCGGGCAGCAGUGGAUCUGCUCAAAGCCAUCUGCUCACCAGGUAGAUGGUGACUCUUCCUUCCUUUCCUCCUUCCUCCCUCCCUCCCUUUCUUCCUUCCUUUUCUUCUUUUUCUUUUCCUUCUUUCCUUCCUUUUCUUUUCCUUUCCUUCCUUCCCUUUCCUCUUCCCUCCCUUCCCUUUUUUCUUUUCCUUCUCUUCCUUCCCUCCUUUCUUCCCCCUCACUUCUUUCCUUCCUUCCUCCCUACUCUUUUUUCUUUUCCUUCCCUUCCUUCCCUCCUUUCCUCUUUCCCCCCCACUUCUUUCCUUCCUUCCUCCCUUCUCUUUUUUCUUUUCCUUCCUUCCUUUCUCCCUCUCUCCAAGUUCUCUUCCUCCAAAGUCUGUGACAAAAGAGGGGGCCAUGGGGUGGGGUGGAGUCACACAACUGGGAAUUCCCCCCCCCCAUCCCAUCCCUGCUCCCUCUUGCCCUGGAACAGCUCCUUUCUGCUUAUUUCCUUUUUACUUUUCUGGCUGAGAAGAGAAGCAAGCGAAUAGAUGACAAGCACUUUGGUGUUGUAUUAUUAUUUUUCUCCAUGCCGACCGGAGGGUUUUUAUAUACCUGCAGGAUUUCUUUGCCACUCGCCCUCCUACCUACUGAGCUAUUUUACUGUCUGUAAUUAAACCAGAGAUGUUAAAAUAAAAUAACUAUUGAAAGAUUGA